AUUUUUUUUACUUUUUUUAAAUUUGAACACCCUUAAAGAAAUUCCUAGCUUCGCCAAUGCUUAUAUAGCUUGUUGAGUUUGAGUCCACAUGUUCACAAAAUGCAAUACUGGUUAACACGAAGGCCCAUAUGCACAUAACACUUGGCUUACCUUCCAUCUCUCCUUUGUCUUUCUUCUCCUCCUUUAAUAUUACUGGGGCACUACUCACUUUUUUUGAAACCACAUACACAAAUCCUCCACAUAUUCAAACGCCGCUGAUUGUUCACUUUAAAAGUACACUUCACAAAUCACUCUAAAUUCUCUUAGUUUACGUAGCUUGCUUUGCUAUCUCACCUUCCUCAUUCCUUCUCAACCUUUCCCACUCGAAACUAUUACGUUGUCGAUCAAUCUCCACCCUUUUUCAAGCUCCAAACAUUACAAAUUUUGUGUACAAAUUAAAAUGAAAGAAGUUGUGUACUCUAAACUCUGUGAGCUUUGCAAUGACCAAGCCGCUCUAUUUUGUACCUCUGAUUCUGCCUUUCUCUGUUUCAACUGUGAUGCCAAGGUUCAUCAGGCUAAUUUCCUUGUUGCUCGCCAUCUUCGUUUUACUCUUUGCUCCCACUGCAACUCCCUAACAAAAAAUCGUUUCUCCCCAUGUUCUCAUAGUCUUAACUCCUCUGCUCUUUGUUCCUCCUGCUCCCCCCGCAAUUUCUCUGCUCAUGACUCCGAUCUCCAUUCUCUUUCCUCCUCCUCCUCGUCUACUUGUGUUUCCAGCACGCAUUCCUGCGCUACUACUCAAAAGCAAAUAAGCUCCUCCGAUCAAAAGUUGCUGGAUUCCUCGAACUCUGCAAACAGUUAUUCCGGCGAAGUUAUAAAUUCUGCUAUCGCGUGCCCUAAAUAUGAAGCGCGAUCCAGAAAUGUGAAAUUGAGAGAUCCGAUGGCGGCGACUGGCGUGUUCAUGCAUUGGUGCACGAAGCUUGGAAUGUGCGGUGAGGAAGGUGCAGUAGUACUGCAGACGGCAUGUGGUGCAUUGGGCAUUUGUUUGGGUCGAUUUAGGGCUUUGCCUUUGCGGGUAGGCCUGGUGGCGUCUUUGUGGUUUGGUCUGAAAAGUAGUGGCGACAGAUCGAAAUCCACGCGGCGGUAUUUGAAGAGACUGGAGGAGAUCUCGGGUGUGCCAGCGAAGCUAAUAUUAGCCUACGAAUUGAAGCUGCGACAAAUCGUGAAAACCGAUAAGCAACGACAACGUCAAGGAAUGGAAGAAAGCUGGGGCGAAUCAUCGGCUUGAUUCGAUGGUGUUUGGACGAAGAUUCUCCACCUCUUUAUUUUGUCACUCUUUUUUUUCUUUUUCUUUUGUGGAAACCAUUAGAAAAUUGGAAAUGUUUGAACGUGGCCCUCCAUUUUACAGAAGUCUUUACUUUA